GACCCCGGCUGUGUCGCAAGCAGGUUCCAGACCCUGUGCCUCCCCCUCCUGUCCUGAUUCCAGGAACCUGUCCCCACACAGGAGCUGCCCCAGCCAGCGCAGCUGCUACUUAAGGAAGCUGGGCCCCGCCUGCACUUGCGCAGUCCUGCCCAUCCACCCGGACUCCAGGAUGGGGGCCCCGGCCAGGGUCCUGCCCUCUCUGCUGCUGGGGCUGCUGCUCGCGUCCUCCCCGGGGGCCCCGGGGGCCAACCCCGGCCUGGUCGCCAGGAUCACCGACCAGGGCCUGCAGUAUGUGGCCAAGGAGGGGCUGGUGGCCCUGCAGAGGGAGCUGCAUAGAAUUACGCUGCCUGACUUCACUGGGGACUUCAAGAUCAAGCAUGUUGGGCGUGGGCACUACGAGUUCCACAGCCUGCACAUCCACAGCUGUGAGCUGCUGAGCUCUGCUUUGACACCCCUUCCUGGCCAGGGCCUGAGCCUGUCCAUCUCCGACGCCUCCAUCCGGGUCCAGGGCGACUGGAAGGUGCGCAAGUCAUUCCUGAGGCUACAUGGCUCCUUUGACGUGCACAUCAAGGGCAUGACCAUUUCCGUCAACCUGGUCCUGGGCAGUGAGUCCUCGGGGAGGCCCACGGUCACUACCUCCAGCUGCAGCACCCACAUCCGUGAUGUGGAGGUGGACAUGUCGGGAAAUUUGGGGUGGCUGCUGAGUCUCUUCCACAACCAGAUCGAAUCCAGAUUACGAGAAAUACUGGAGAGCAAGGUUUGCGAAAUUAUCCAGAAAUCGGUGACCUCUGACCUACAGCCUUACCUCCAAACUCUUCCAGUCACAACAGAGAUCGACCGUCUCGCUGGCAUUGAUUACAGCCUAAUGGAGGCCCCUCGGGCAGCGGCCCAAAUGCUGGACGUGAUGUUGAAGGCUGAAAUUUUUAACCGUGAACAUCGCACCCCAGUUGCUUUCCUUGCUCCUGUCAUGAGCCUUCCUGAGGAACACACCCGAAUGGUCUACUUUGCCAUCUCUGAUUAUGUCUUCAACACAGCCAGCCUGGUAUAUCAUGAGGCAGGGUACCUGAACUUCUCCAUCACAGAUGAUGUGGUUCCACCGACCUCCAACAUCCGACUGACCACCAAGUCCUUCCGCGCCUUCGUCCCCCGGCUGGCCAAACGCUACCCCAACAUGAACUUGGAGCUCCAGGGAAGAGUGGUCUCUGCCCCCGUCCUGAACUUCAGCCCUGGGAACCUGUCCUUGUCCCCCCAGAUGGAGGUUGAGGGCUUUGUGCUCCUGCCUAACUCUGCCAGGGAGCUUAUCUUCCAGCUCGGUGUGACCACUAACCUGUCGGCCACGUUGACCUUCAACGCCAGCAAGAUCACUGGGUUCCUGAAGCCAGAAAAGGUACAAGUGGAACUGAAAGAAUCUAAAGUUGGACUAUUCAAUGUGGAGCUGUUAGAGGCGCUGCUCAACUACUACAUUCUCAACACCCUCUAUUCGGAGGUCAAUGCUAAACUGGCAUCAGGCUUCCCCCUUCCUCUGCUAAAACAUAUUCAGCUCUAUGACCCUGUUGUCCAGAUCCACAAGGACUUCCUGUUCUUAGGUGCCAACGUCCAGUACCUGAGAGUUUGAGGGCGAGGAGACAGACGGGCAUGGAGGCCGCAGCGGGGUCAGCAGGGUGCAGCUUCAGAUCUGCAGGCUAUUCCCGGAGAUUCUGGGAGGAUGAAGACUUUCCUGUUCUCUCUGCGGGGAGGUCUGCCUGGCCUCUGCCCCCCACUCCUCUUCGGGAAGUGUGCCCAGGCACUCUUCAACUCCAGACUUUACUUUCUCCGCCAGGAUGGACCAUCGUCCUCACUGGCCUGUAGAUCGUCAAGGGCAGGCACCAUCGUUUUCAUUCACCGCCUGAUCCCCAUGCACAGUGCUGGCACGUAGUGGGUCCUCAAUAAAUACGUACUGAAUGAUUCACUGAAGGAACCACCUGGUCCUCCCUAUUGCCCACGGGAUCUUUAGAUGGUCAGUCCCAUCUGUGGUCUCCAGUGCCUGGCCCUGACCACACUCCCCUUUCCCAUCCGCUGCUGCUGUGGGAACCUCAGUGAGAGAAGAAGGGAUUCUGCUCCCCGCUCAGCCCUGGACCUGGCACUGGUGCCCGCUCUCUUAAGGGGCUUGUCCAUCUUGGUUUAUGGGGAAUUCGUGGGCUCAUUUUAAUACAUGCCUCUCAACCCCCUCACCUCCUGCCUGCUGCAGACAUGGAGCCAAUGGGUCUCCCAGAGCAAACACUCAGCCUCCAACUGCUUUCCCCAUUGACACGGGUGUAAAUUAGGAGGAAAUUGACCCGUCUCGGGUUUUGGUCCGACCCAAAUAGAAAGCUCAUCCCCCUGCUGUUUAUGAGCCGCCAGCCUGGAGGAAGAGGCCUUGGUUUCUAAUCAUCGCGCAACCAGACUUUGAUCAGACUAAAGAGCCGCUUCCAACCUAUGUGGUUGGUUACCCCAGGACUGGGAAUCACCAGGAUCGUUUGGUAUUUUUUUAUUGUGCUCGCGAGCAGAUGGAUGGCGCUGCCCGCUAGCAGGUAGGUCACAGGGAAUAGACGGAUUUACCGUGUGUGACAGAUGCGGUCCAAGAUGGGACAAUGGCUGUGUGAGCCGUGGCUGCCCCUCCCUCUCCUAGCUCCUUUGGCUCACUUGUCCGCCACCAUCAUCCAUCGCUGUGGUGGAUGGGGGAAGGGCCCAGGCUUCUUCCAGUGCUAGCCAUGUGGUCUUGAGCAGUCCCUCUCCCCUUGGGGUCCCCACCUAUGAAAUAGGGGUGAUAGUAAUAGUAGCUACUUCCCAGGGCUGUGAUGAUGAUGAGGUUAGGUAACCUGUAUAAAAGGAUUUAUUUAGCCAUAGUGAGGACUCAAUAGGUAUUGGCCAGACCUGCUUACCAAGCAUCUCCCGUUUGCGGGCACUGGGUCGCUCAGCAUGGGGUACGGAGAGGCAGCUUAGACCCAGUGCCAGCCCUGCUCUUAAGAGCAUUGCCUCGGAUGUGGUGGAAGAGCCAGCCUUGUUUCCGGUGUACUUGCUUUGGGCUCCUGGCAAGGCCUCGCUGAGCCUCGGUGUCCUCACAUGUCCAGUGUGGCCAGGGACCCCUCCUUUCAGGGUGACUAGGGUCGCGAUGGGUUCAUGUCAGGCUUCUGGGGAUGCCCCGGGCACAGCCAGGUCCUGGUAAACGGCUGGUGCUACUUCACCUGCCUCACUUUGGGGUCCCCGGGAGCAGACCCUGCGACAAGGAGGAGAGGUUUCCAGUGGAGAGAAAAUGAGAUGGGGCAGGGGAGGGAGCCUACGAAAGGUAUGUGAUCAACCAGUUAAGGGCCACAGGUGCUGGGGUAUGUAUACACCCUCCCCUCUCGGUCACUGUUUGAGGGGAGCUCUUGGCUCCAGUCUGGGCAGAGCGGGCGCUAGCAGCCACAGAAACUUCUCAUCAAAGAACAGCAAGUGUGCGAUGCGCCUCUUCCCUUGGCCGACUUUAGUUGGCAUCCUUUCCCUUCAAUAAGCGGUUACUGUGAGUGUAACAGCUUUCUGUGAGACCCGUGAGACUUUCCAGUGAGUUAUAGAACUACGGGUGGCCCUGGCCAGUUUGGCUCAGUGGAUAGAGCGUCAGCCUGUGGACUCAGUGGUCCCAGGUUCGAUUCCGGUCAAAGGCAUGUACCUUGGUUGCGGGC